CAAACUCCAAUUCCCCACCAUAAUUAAUAGUUCAAUUAGCAACAAAAAUCCAACUCAACCUUAAAAACCCGAAUUUGGGAUCUCUAGAAAAAAUGUCAGGAAGAGGGAAGGGAGGCAAGGGGUUAGGAAAGGGAGGAGCAAAGAGGCACAGGAAGGUGUUGAGGGAUAACAUUCAAGGUAUCACUAAACCCGCCAUUCGCCGUUUGGCUCGGCGAGGAGGGGUUAAGAGGAUAAGCGGUCUUAUUUAUGAGGAAACUCGCGGUGUUUUGAAGAUAUUCUUGGAGAAUGUUAUCAGAGAUGCUGUUACUUACACUGAGCAUGCUCGGCGUAAGACGGUUACUGCUAUGGAUGUUGUUUAUGCUCUUAAGAGACAAGGCCGUACUCUUUAUGGGUUCGGUGGUUAAAUUUGUUGUUUUUAGGCUUUUGAUUUUAUUAAAUUUGGAUGUAGUUGGUUUGGUUUGUAUGAAAUAGAUUUGUUAUUUUGCUGGUUUUUGCUAGUUCAAUUGUUCAAUUGAACAAUGUUGAUGUUAAUUCAAUCAGUUCCAACAGUUAAUUGAAUAUGCUAUAUUGCUAAUUUUUCCUA